AUGGAAUUAGUAAUAAAAGAACCGUAUAUAGAAAUAUUUGAAAAAAUAUUAAAAUUAUUUACAUCAAUUUGUGAAAAUUUGCAUUUUAGAUUAACACAAAAUAAAUUACAAUUAAGCGGAUCUAAUGGCUUAACUAAUGAAUUAAUUAUUUAUAUAGAUAAGAAGUUUUUUAUGUUAAAUGAAAUAAAUGUUGAUAUAAAAAAUAUAAAUGGUACUGUUAAUGCUAAAGAUUUUUAUAAUUGUAUAUAUAGUCAUAAAAUAGUGAAACAAUUUAAAAAUAAUGGAUAUUACUCUUAUAAUAAAAAAAGUAAUGAUAUAAAUUUAAUAAAGAAUUAUGACAAGGAAGAAAACUAUCAAGGAAAAAAUAAAAAAUGCAAUUUAAAUAUUUCUAAAUUAAUAUUAAAAUUUAAUAAGGAAAAAUUAAAUAUUUUAGAAAUAGUUAUAAAAUUUAAAAAAUGUAAUACUUACUUUAGUGCAGUAUUAAAAUUAAGAUCAUUUAAUACCCCAUUAAAAAAUUAUAUAUAUAAAAAUGAAUCAAUAAUACAAGUAGAACCAACUUUAUUUCUUCUUAACCUCAAAGAUUUAGCAAAUGAAAGAAACAUAUUUUUAAAAAAUACUGACAAUUCUUUCGUUAUAAGUUCAUUAGAAACAUCUGAAUUUAGUUUAAAUAAAGAAAAAGUAAAAAGAGAGCAAUUUUUUUAUAACAACAAAUUUAUUGCUAUUCCUUCUUGUAAAACUAAGUAUUUUUUUAAGAAUAAAAAAUUUGAAGAUCAUAGCAUGUCGUUGCCUCUUAAUGAAUUAAAAAAUAUAAUUAAAUUUUGUUCAGAUUUAAAUUUAUUAUGUUUAUUCUCAACAAAGAAUUUUAAAGAAAAUUUAGUUAUUUAUUUUGGUAGAAUUAUUACUCAAAUUUUAGAAAAUAAUAGAAAAAGAAUAACCAAUAUAAAAAAUAAAAAAAUUUAUGACGAUAAGUAUUAUUAUAAAGAUAAUAAUUCAGAAAAAAGUUCUUAUGUAAAUUUCAAAGAAGAAUAUUCUAAUUCUUUUGUUUUUUAUUUAUCUGAUGAUAAUUCAAGUGAUGAAUAUGAUUCCAGCUAUGAAGGUAUAGAUACAGACAUUUAUUUGCCUGACAAUUAUGAAACUAAUUCUGUUAGUAGUAGAAAUUUUAAUGAUAUUAUUACAGGUUGUGUACACUUUACUUCAUACUUCAAUAUUUCAUGUAACUUUAAAGGACUUGAAUAUAGUGACAUAAAGGCUUCAAAUGAUUUUCAAGAUAUAUAUUUUAAUCAGCAAAAUAAUUUUUUUGAGGAAAAAGAUUUGAUUAUAAAACAAGAUAAAAAAUUAAAAAAAGGAGUUCAACAAGAGUCAUUUUUUAACAGUGAAUUCGGUAGAUCCAAUAUAGAUGCUUUUAACAAUUUAAAUAAUGAAAAAAAUGAAUUGCGUAAUGAAACUAAUAAAAAAUUUAAUAUUAAUCAAAAUGAUUAUAUACAAAAUUUUAAAAAUGAUAGCAUUCAUAACAUAAGCAAUAUAAUGAAAAAUCAUUUAAAUGAACAAUAUAAUGAUUUUAAUUAUAAUUUUAAAUUUUCAAAAGAUAAUAAAAAAAAUAUAUUAAGUGAAAAGGAAUAUGAUCAAUUAAUUCACAAUAAUAAUAAAAGCAGAGAAUCGAAUCGUGAUAAGCUUAUGAUAAAUAGUAAAAAUAAAGAAUGCUUUUAUACUAAAAAUGUCAUAGAUAAUAAUGAUAUAUAUAAUAUGAAUGAUUAUAAAAAGAGAAUAAGAAAUAAUAAAAAUAACAAAUGUGAAGAAUAUGACUAUAAUAAAAAAAUGAGUAACAAUAAUGAUAGUACAUCUGAAAAAUAUGAAUAUGAUAAAACUAUUAGUAACGAUAAUAAUAAUAAAUAUGAAUAUGAUAAAAAUGUUAGUAAUGAUAAUAAUAAUAAAUAUGAAAUAUAUAAAAAAAAAAUAAGUAACAAUAAUGAUAAUACAUGUGAUAAAUACAAAUAUGAUAAAAAUUUAGAAAAUAAUAAUAAUGAUGAAUAUGAAAAGUAUGAUAAUGAUAAGUUUAUUAGAGGUAUUCAAUUCGAAGAAUUGAAUUAUGAUAAAUUUAUAAGAGGUAAUAUUAAUAUUUCAGAUGCGCACAUGAACAUAAAAAUGAAAAUAAAUGAACUUAAUUCAACUUUUGAAAAUUUAAAAAAUAUAGAUAAAUAUAAAAAAAAUUACUUUUUAAGUAAAAAAUUGAAUAAUUAUAGUGAAAUGUGUUCUGAUUCUAAUGUUUUUAAAAAUAUAAAUAAAAGAAAAAAUGUUGUGGAGAAUUCUCAAAUAAGAAAGAGAAACAAACAUUUCUCAAAUGAUAUUUAUAAAGAUUUAAAAAAAAAGAGUAAUAAUUCACUUGAAAGUAUAAGCGAAUAUAAUUCAAUGUUAAGCGACAGCUUUUAUUCUUUAAGUGAAGAUACUGAAGUUGAAAACAAUUCAAGAUAUGAUAAUAUAGAGUAUUUUGAUUAUUUUAGUAAUUUAUAUUCAAAAUAUAAUAUAUAUAAUAAUAAUAUGAAAAAAUGGGAAGAAAAUUCAGAUGAAAAUUCUUUGAAACAAAAUUUCCCUUUAGAAAACGGUGAUCAAACUUAUAGUAAAUUGCCUCUUUUGAAUUACAAUAAAAACACAAAAUUUAAAAGAUUGAAUACAAAUAGCAAUGAUACAAUCAUAAAAACAAGUGAAAGAAAUAUAAAUAAUUUAAAACAUAAUAAUAAAAUAUCAUCUUAUUAUACACAUUGUAAAUUUAAAAAAAAAAAAGAUUAUAUAUGA